AUGUCUUCACUCAAUUAAUAGAGAUAAUAUUAGUAGUAAUAAAAAUAAGAAACUUAAAAGCGUUUGGAAUAGUACAUUUGUGCUGUUAAAGAUUUAUAAAGCGAGAUUAAGGUUUAUUAUGGAAUGUUAGAAAGAAACGAAGAACCCACUUCUGAGAGAUUUAAAUAGACUGCCUUCAAAUUUUUAAGGCUUGAAAAGGAAAUGAAUAAUUAAAUUGAGGACAUAGUUUCCAAAAUAAUUAGCUAGAAAGCAAGGAAAUGA